AUGUCUUUCGAAAAAAACUUUAUUACCUUUGACCAACCUCCGCCAUCCUCAACCACGGACAGGCCGCCUGGAGAUGUUGAGCGUGGUGUGUCAAGAGCCCUUGGGGCCACAGACGAACUGCCUGCAAUCUCUGCCUAUUCUUCCUUUACUGCAGUUGACGAUUUGGAGUCCGUAUCGGAUUUCUCGAUACGAACAAGAGCCGCACGAUACUUCCAGGAGCAAGUCGAUACCGAAAGAAGCGAUCUUCUCCUUAUUGCUUGCUCGUUUAUCUCCGGGGUAAUUGACAGCGCAGCCUUCAAUGCUUGGGGAAGCUUUGCCAGCAUGCAGACUGGUAUGGUCUUCCUCCCCAAGAUCCGUCAUUUAUUCAUUCCUCCACAACAUCGGAAGGUGCAUGGGAAUGUCGUGUUUCUCGCCCUCGGAGUAUCUGGACAGCCACCCGAACCGCGAUUUCGAUGGGCUAAAUCGCUCAUCGCAAUCGCAACGUUCAUAUCCGCAGUCCUAUUCUUCACGCAUGCCUCGAGACUCCUCGGUCCGCUUCGCCGCUCGACCCUGCUCGCAUCCUUCAUGCUUCAGACCGGCAGCAUACUAGCAUCCAGCAUCCUCGUGGAGACGGGGAUAAUCGACUCCGAGAUCUCAUCCUCAAUCCAUGGCGUCCACUGGCUUCAAAUGGUCCCGAUUACCCUCCUCGCGUUCCAGGCUGCCGGCCAAAUCGUGACGUCGCGCAUGGUGCAAGUCGAAGAAAUACCCACGGUGGUGCUGACGACGGUCCUUGCGGAUCUAUUUAUCGAUCCUCGCCUGCUCGCGAAGACGAAUCUAGUGCGGAACCGCCGUGGAGCUACGGUGUUGGCGUUGUUCGGCGGUGCGAUGCUGUCCGGCGCGCUGACCAAGGCCAUAGGUUUGUCCUGUUCAUUGUGGCUGGCGGCGGGGAUAAAGGGCGUUAUAACCAUCUGCUGGGCCUUGUGGAGGCCAAAGGCUAAUGUGGCUGGGUCCAGGAGGUGUUGGCCUUGAUGUUGGUGUUAGUCUCGGGUGCCUUUUUUUUCUUUCUUUUCUUUUCUUUUCUUUUCUUUUCUUUUUUUUUUUAAAAAAACCAUGGCACCGUUGGUGCUUUCAGCUUAAAAAUCUCAGGAUGGCAUUUGGACAUGCGACUUUCGGCGUUUUAAUAUGUAGGAUAUGCAUUGCACGGUUCGGGCAUCUUUUUGUAACGUUUGCUCUAAUGUAUUUCCGUUUAUGAGCUCAACA